AUGGUUUUAGCUAUUGCUAUUGAUUCUACAGUUUAUCUCUAAACUUCUCAAAACUUCCGAUUUUUUUAUUUGAAUUGGUGGCAUUAUCACUGAAUUUAGUGUUGAGAAUCUGAGAGCAUAGGGUUUCUUUAAGUCUGUGAGGGAACUUGGGAACUGUGAAUGCCUCAUUGCUCCGGCGAAUUCUGCAAUUUUCAUCAGAUUUUGUAUUGUUUAGGUAUUUUUGGGAGAUAAGCAGGAUGACAAAUGGGGGUGAUGAUAAAAGGUCAAAAUGCCGCCGAGAUUCCCACACAGCUGAAGAAGUUAUUACUAGUCCAUUGAAGAAAGGCCCAUGGACGUCUACAGAAGAUAGUAUUUUGGCAGACUAUGUGAGUCAGCAUGGAGAAGGAAAUUGGAAUGCAGUCCAGAAGCAUUCAGGGCUAUCUCGUUGCGGAAAAAGCUGCCGUUUGCGAUGGGCAAAUCACCUAAGACCAGAUUUAAAGAAAGGUGCAUUUACUACAGAAGAAGAACGGCGUAUCAUUGAACUCCAUGCUAAGAUGGGAAACAAAUGGGCUAGGAUGGCUGCAGAGCUGCCUGGACGCACAGAUAAUGAAAUUAAGAAUUACUGGAAUACAAGAAUAAAGAGACUGCAACGUGCUGGUUUACCAAUUUAUCCUCCUGAAGUUUGCAUGCAAGUUCUAAAUGGAAGCCAUGAAAGUUACAGCAUGGGUACACCACAAACAACGGACACACAUAACUCUGAUCUUAUUCAAACUGAUCAUUUCGAGAUCCCUAAAGUGGAGUUCGAGAAUUUAGAACUCAAUCGAGGUCACUUAUCAUAUUCACCGCAUAUGCUUGAGAUAUCUGGAAGCAACAUGCCGAAACAAGGUGCGCAUCCUUCAGAUUGUAACAACUAUUUCCAACAUUUGCAUCCUGCCAAACGUCUUCGAGAAUCAGAUCAUAUUUUCCCUGGUCUUGAUGGUAGCAUUGGCAGUCUCCCGGCCUUUAUUCAAUCAGUAGAUUGUUCUUCCGAGAAGAUUACAGAUUCUUUCGGUUAUUCUUCUUUAUAUGAUUCUCAUCCCUUCAACUAUUACCAGCAACCGCUGGCUUAUCUUUCCGGCAGUCAUGCCCUAUUAAAUGACAAUUCUUCUUCUUCUGAGCCCUUUUUCGGGGCUGUGAAGUUGGAGCUCCCUUCACUCCAAUAUUCAGAUACUCAACAAGAUAGCUGGGGAAGACCCACUUCCCCACUGCCUUCCCUUGAGUCUGUUGACACUUUGAUUCAGUCUCCUUCGACAGAACAGAGCCAGUCAGAUUGUCUCUCAACACGAUGUGAUGGCACGCUAGAAGCAGUAAUCUAUGAAUCACAAUCCCUGAAAAACUCAAAAAAAUGUUCAAAGCACCAAACUUCUGUCACUUCUGUCGCACCUCGUGAUGUAGAGGAUUGUCCCUCAAUACCCCGUGGGACAGAAUGGGAAGUACACGGUGACUCAAACUCUCCCGUAGGCAAUUCUGCUGCAUCAUUGUUUAAUGCUUGUACUCCUGUCAGCAGAAGCUCGUCAGAUGAACCAGGAUUUGAUAUUAAGCCCAAAAUAGCUAAUUCGGGUUUGAGCACAUUUAUGGAAGACAAAGAAGCUCCCUGUAAAUUUGACUCUACAAGGCCAGAUGUUUUACUUGGUACAUUCUGGUGUGGGUUUAGCAGCGGCCAUGUCAAGAACGAAAAUUUUCGUAAUGAGGAUGUGCAGGUACCAUUUGAUGCUGAGAGUUUCGAUGGAGAUUGGAAAUGAGAUUUGCGUAAUUCGUCGGCUGAUCAUUGACACUUAAGAUUUCAGAUGUGCUCACAAUCUUCUGGUUGCGAUUACUUAGAGAUGUUCUUUCAAGAAAUUGUGAACUAUCGCGCCACAAGUUGACAUUUUCAUCUCCGUUAUGGUGCGAAUGCCUGAGAAUUUCUGGAUUGGUUCAUUUUAUGUGCGGAUAAUGUGAAAUUGAGACAUGAUUGUGUGUAUAAUGCCACAUAAUAAUCAAAUUUUGCUCUGUAAUUACAACACUUGACCAGUCUUGAUUUCAUAGCAGUUCUUGUAGGUAUUUUUGCACAAAAAGGGCAAAAAGAAACUAUCCAUGGAUUGGAAGAUCCUUGUAAGGCCCGUACUCUCACGAGAUUCAGACUAUCGUCUUAUUGUAUUUUGGUGACUAAAUUUUAAUUCGUUUCAUUUUAGUUUAUUUUAAA